GAUUCCAGCUCUCGCGCCCGAAGAGGUGGAUUUGGCUGUCCACCGAGCUCCGGCGCUUGUCGUUCUAAUUGGGUUUGGAUUUGCACCGUUAAGGAGGGGGGAAGAGAAGGAAGAGGCGGGCGAGGAAGGCGAGUCCAGCUAGCGGCUGUUGCGGGGACCGUAGCCCCAGCUGCAGCUCCGGAGACUCCCCCGCCACGGUUUCGGUGGAGCGUCUGGGCACGGGAUGGUGUGAAAGAGCAAGUGCCUCUCCAAGGGGGGGUGGGAGGGGGUCAGGCCGUGCAGAGAAGAGAGAGAGCGAGAAGAAGCCGCGGCUGGCGACUGCGAAUUUGGGAUUCCAUUGGGAGGGACCGCUCACUCGGGGGAAAUGGAUUCUGUACCACGGCUGACCAGCGUUUUGACUUUGCUGUUCUCCGGCUUGUGGCAUUUAGGAUUAACAGCGACAAACUAUAACUGUGAUGAUCCACUAGCAUCCCUGCUCUCUCCAAUGGCUUUUUCCAGUUCCUCAGAUCUCACUGGCACUCAUAGCCCAGCUCAACUCAACUGGAGAGUUGGAACUGGCGGUUGGUCCCCAGCAGAUUCCAAUGCUCAACAGUGGCUCCAGAUGGACCUGGGAAACAGAGUAGAGAUUACAGCAGUGGCCACGCAGGGAAGAUACGGAAGCUCUGACUGGGUGACGAGUUACAGCCUGAUGUUCAGUGACACAGGGCGCAACUGGAAACAGUACAAACAAGAAGACAGCAUCUGGACCUUUGCAGGAAACAUGAAUGCUGACAGUGUGGUGCACCACAAGCUACUGCACUCAGUGAGGGCCCGAUUUGUUCGCUUUGUGCCCCUGGAAUGGAAUCCCAGUGGGAAGAUUGGCAUGAGAGUCGAGGUCUACGGAUGUUCCUAUAAAUCAGACGUUGCUGACUUUGAUGGCCGAAGCUCACUUCUGUACAGGUUCAAUCAGAAGUUGAUGAGUACUCUCAAAGAUGUGAUCUCCCUGAAGUUCAAGAGCAUGCAAGGAGAUGGGGUCCUGUUCCAUGGAGAAGGUCAGCGUGGAGACCACAUCACCUUGGAACUCCAGAAGGGGAGGCUCUCCCUGCACCUCAACUUGGAUGACAGCAAAGCGCGGCUCAGCAGCAGCCUGCCCUCUGCCACCCUGGGCAGCCUCCUGGAUGACCAGCACUGGCACUCGGUCCUCAUCGAGCGGGUGGGCAAGCAGGUGAACUUCACGGUGGACAAACACACACAGCACUUCCGCACCAAGGGCGAGACGGAUGCCUUAGACAUUGACUAUGAGCUUAGUUUUGGAGGAAUUCCAGUACCAGGAAAACCUGGGACCUUUUUAAAGAAAAACUUCCAUGGAUGCAUCGAAAACCUUUACUACAAUGGAGUAAACAUAAUUGACCUGGCUAAGAGACGAAAGCAUCAGAUCUAUACUGGCAAUGUCACUUUUUCCUGCUCCGAACCACAGAUUGUGCCCAUCACAUUUGUCAACUCCAGCGGCAGCUAUUUGCUGCUGCCCGGCACCCCCCAAAUUGAUGGGCUCUCAGUGAGUUUCCAGUUUCGAACAUGGAACAAGGAUGGUCUGCUUCUGUCCACAGAGCUGUCUGAAGGCUCGGGGACCCUGCUGCUGAGCCUGGAGAGUGGAAUCCUGAGACUCGUGAUUCAGAAAAUGACAGAACGUGUAGCUGAAAUCCUCACAGGCAGCAACUUGAAUGAUGGCUUGUGGCACUCAGUUAGCAUCAACGCCAGGAGGAACCGCAUCACACUCACUCUGGAUAAUGAAGCAGCACCCCCAGCUCCUGACAGCACUUGGGUGCAGAUUUAUUCUGGAAAUAGCUACUACUUUGGAGGGUGCCCCGACAAUCUCACCGAUUCCCAAUGUUUAAAUCCCAUUAAGGCUUUCCAAGGCUGCAUGAGGCUCAUCUUUAUUGAUAACCAGCCCAAGGACCUCAUUUCAGUUCAGCAAGGUUCCCUGGGGAAUUUUAGUGAUUUACACAUUGAUCUGUGUAGCAUCAAAGACAGGUGUUUGCCAAACUACUGUGAACAUGGAGGAAGCUGCUCCCAGUCCUGGACCACCUUCUAUUGUAACUGCAGUGACACAAGUUACACUGGUGCCACCUGUCACAACUCCAUCUACGAGCAAUCCUGUGAGGUGUACAGGCACCAGGGGAACACAGCUGGCUUCUUCUACAUCGACUCGGAUGGCAGCGGCCCACUGGGACCUCUCCAGGUGUACUGCAAUAUCACCGAGGACAAGAUCUGGACGUCGGUGCAGCACAACAAUACAGAGCUGACCCGAGUGCGGGGCGCCAACGCUGAGAAGCCCUAUGCCAUGGCCUUGGACUACGGGGGCAGCAUGGAACAGCUGGAGGCCGUGAUCGACGGGUCUGAGCACUGUGAGCAGGAGGUGGCCUACCACUGCAGGAGGUCCCGCCUGCUCAACACGCCGGAUGGAACACCAUUUACCUGGUGGAUUGGGCGGUCCAAUGAAAGGCACCCUUACUGGGGAGGUUCUCCUCCUGGGGUCCAGCAGUGUGAGUGUGGCCUAGACGAGAGCUGCCUGGACAUUCAGCACUUUUGCAAUUGCGACGCUGACAAGGAUGAAUGGACAAAUGAUACUGGCUUUCUUUCCUUCAAAGACCACUUGCCUGUCACUCAGAUAGUUAUCACUGAUACCGACAGAUCAAACUCAGAAGCUGCUUGGAGAAUUGGUCCCUUGCGUUGCUAUGGUGACCGACGCUUCUGGAACGCCGUCUCAUUUUACACAGAAGCCUCUUACCUCCACUUUCCUACCUUCCAUGCGGAAUUCAGUGCCGAUAUUUCCUUCUUUUUUAAAACCACAGCAUUAUCCGGAGUUUUCCUAGAAAAUCUUGGCAUUAAAGACUUCAUUCGACUCGAAAUAAGCUCUCCUUCAGAGAUCACCUUUGCCAUCGAUGUUGGGAAUGGUCCUGUAGAGCUUGUGGUCCAGUCUCCUUCUCUUCUGAAUGACAACCAAUGGCACUAUGUCCGGGCUGAGAGGAACCUCAAGGAGACCUCCCUUCAGGUGGACAACCUUCCAAGGAGCACCCGGGAGACAUCAGAGGAGGGCCAUUUUCGACUGCAGCUGAACAGCCAGUUGUUUGUAGGGGGAACGUCAUCCAGACAGAAAGGCUUCCUAGGAUGCAUUCGCUCCUUACACUUGAAUGGACAGAAACUGGACCUGGAAGAGAGGGCAAAGGUCACAUCUGGAGUCAGGCCAGGCUGCCCGGGUCACUGCAGCAGCUACGGCAGCAUCUGCCACAACGGGGGCAAGUGUGUGGAGAAGCACAAUGGCUACCUAUGCGAUUGCACCAACUCACCUUAUGAAGGGCCCUUUUGCAAAAAAGAGGUUUCUGCUGUUUUUGAGGCUGGCACAUCGGUUACUUACAUGUUUCAAGAACCCUAUCCUGUGACCAAGAAUAUAAGCCUGUCAUCCUCAGCUAUUUACACAGAUUCAGCUCCAUCCAAGGAAAAUAUCGCAUUUAGCUUUGUGACAGCCCAGACACCCAGUCUUUUGCUCUUUGUCAAUUCUUCUUCUCAGGACUUCCUGGCUGUUCUGCUCUGCAAGAAUGGAAGCUUACAGGUUCGCUAUCACCUAAACAAGGAAGAAACCCAUGUAUUCACCAUUGAUGCAGAUAACUUUGCUAACAGAAGGAUGCACCACUUGAAGAUUAACCGAGAGGGAAGAGAGCUUACCAUUCAGAUGGACCGUCAACUUCGACUCAGUUAUAACUUCUCUCCAGAAGUAGAGUUCAGGGUUAUAAGGUCACUCACCCUGGGCAAAGUCACAGAGAAUCUUAGUUUGGAUUCUGAAGUUGCUAAAGCCAACGCCUUGGGUUUUGCUGGAUGCAUGUCUUCCGUCCAGUACAACCACAUAGCACCACUGAAAGCUGCCCUGCGCCAUGCUACCGUCGCGCCUGUGACUGUCCAUGGGACCUUGACGGAAUCCAGCUGCGACUUCAUGGUGGACUCAGAUGUGGAUGCAGUGACCACGGUGCAUUCUUCAUCAGAUCCUUUUGGGAAGACAGAUGAGCGGGAACCACUCACGAAUGCUGUUCGAAGUGAUUCGGCAGUCAUCGGAGGGGUGAUAGCAGUGGUGAUAUUCAUCAUCUUCUGUAUCAUCGGCAUCAUGACCCGGUUCCUCUACCAGCACAAGCAGUCACAUCGUACAAACCAGAUGAAGGAGAAGGAAUAUCCAGAAAAUUUGGACAGUUCCUUCAGAAAUGAUAUUGACUUGCAAAACACAGUGAGCGAGUGUAAACGGGAAUAUUUCAUCUGA